GUAAAAAAAAAUCAAUUCGACGGCACUGGAAUCGACGCCGUAGAUUACGCGCGGAUCGAUCCGCCGCCUCCUUGCCCGCUUUUGUGUGUCCCGUGGUGGUGGAAGGGACGCGUUGGGGGGGCCGCCGGUGCUCCUGCGUCUCAACACUCAGUGUUGUUGUUGUUGUUAUUGUUGUUUCCUUGUAAUCAUUCACGAGGCGACCGCCAAUGUCGACUCUGAAGCAGCAGCAGCAGCAGAAGGAGGAGCGCGGCGUCGAGGCUGCGGUGGCGGGCAACGAGGCGGUCGAGGCGGGCGGCGCCUCGGAGCGCACGCCGCGCAAGAAGGAGCGCGUCUCGCCCGGCGCCGAGGCUGACGGCGGCGACGGUGGCACGGCCGAGACCCCCGAGGGUCGCAGGACGAGCCGCAGGAAGAGGGCCAAGGUGGAGUACCGCGAGAUGGACGAGAGUCUGGCCAACCUCUCGGAGGACGAGUACUACUCUGAGGAAGAGCGCAAGGCCGAGAAGGAGCGGAGGCAGAGCACUGUGCCCCCUCCGCCGCCUCCCCCGCCCCCCGAGGAGGAGGAAGAUAGCGACGUGGAUGAGCCGUCCGGCCUGGAAGGGGCAGCGUUCCAGAGCCGCCUGCCGCACGACCGCAUGACCUCGCAAGAGGCCGCCUGCUUCCCCGACAUCGUCAACGGCAAUCCGCAGACACAGAAGGCCUUCCUGUACAUCCGCAAUCGCACGCUGCAACUCUGGCUCGACCAACCCAAGACACAGCUCACAUUUGAGCAGAUGUUGCAACAGCUGGAGUCUCCUUACAACAGCGACGCACAGCUGGUGCAUCGUGUGUUCAACUACUUGGAGCGGCACGGGCUCAUUAACUUCGGGAUAUUCAAGCGCGUCAAGCCCCUGCCAGUAAAGAAAGUGGGAAAGGUGAUGGUGAUCGGAGCAGGGGUUUCAGGGCUCGCUGCCGCGCGGCAGCUGCAAAGCUUUGGCAUGGAUGUCACCAUUCUGGAGGCCAGGGACCGAGUGGGAGGUCGUGUGGCCACGUUUCGGAAGGGAAACUAUGUCGCUGAUCUUGGCGCGAUGGUGGUAACUGGCCUGGGUGGAAACCCAAUGGCUGUCGUCAGCAAGCAAGUCAAUAUGGAGUUGGCAAAGAUUAAGCAGAAGUGCCCCUUGUAUGAAACGAACGGCCAGUCGGGAGAAAGAUGCACUAACGUGCCCAAGGAGAAGGACGAGAUGGUGGAGCGGGAGUUCAACCGCCUGCUCGAGGCGACAUCCUACCUGAGCCACCACCUCGACUUCAACUUCCUCAACGGAAAGCCCGUCUCCCUCGGCCAAGCCCUGGAGCUCGUGAUACAGCUACAAGAGAAGCACGUGAAGGACGAGCAGAUUGAGCACUGGAAGAAGAUUGUCAAGAGCCAAGAGGAGCUCAAGGACUUCCUGAACAAGAUGGUGACUUUGAAGGAGCGCAUUAAGGAGCUGCACCAGCAGCAGAAGGAGGCCUCUGAGGUGAAGCCCCCGAGAGACGUCACCGCCGAGUUCCUCGUCAAGAGCAAGCUACGCGACCUCAACGCCGCCUGCAGGGAAUAUGAUGAGUUGGCCGAGUCGCAAAUCAAGUUGGAAGAGAAGCUGCAGGAGUUGGAGGCAAACCCACCGAGUUUGUGUCUCCGCAGCGACGUGUACUUGUCUUCACGGGACCGUCAGAUUCUGGAUUGGCACUUCGCUAACUUGGAAUUUGCGAAUGCGACCCCACUGUCUACGCUGUCUCUGAAGCAUUGGGACCAGGAUGAUGACUUUGAGUUCUCCGGGAGCCACCUGACGGUGCGGAAUGGCUACUCGUGCGUCCCGGUGGCGCUGGCCGAGGGGCUUGACAUCAAACUGAACACCGCCGUGCGCCAAGUCAAGUACACCCCGGCCGGCUGCGAGGUGCUGACUCAGCACACGCGCUCCAGCUCGCAGAGCCUCAUUUACAAGUGCGACGCCGUGCUGUGCACUCUGCCGCUCGGGGUGUUGAAGCAGCAGCCCCCAGCCGUGCAGUUCUUCCCCCCUCUGCCCGAGUGGAAAACCACCGCCAUUCAACGCAUGGGUUUCGGCAACCUCAACAAGGUGGUGCUGUGUUUUGACCGCGUGUUCUGGGACCUGAACGUCAACUUGUUUGGCCACGUGGGAAGCACGACAGCCAGCCGGGGAGAGCUGUUCCUCUUCUGGAACCUUUACAAAGCGCCCAUCCUGCUGGCGCUGGUGGCCGGGGAAGCCGCUGGCAUCAUGGAGAACGUGAGCGACGAUGUCAUCGUGGCUCGGGCGAUGGCUGUGCUCAAAGGAAUCUUCGGCAGCAGCGCCGUACCGCAGCCGAAGGAGACUGUGGUGACGCGGUGGCGUGCGGACCCGUGGGCGCGCGGCUCCUACUCCUACGUGGCUGCCGGGUCCAACGGAAAUGACUACGACCUCAUGGCGCAACCCAUCGCCCCGCCACCCUCCCUGCCCGGCAGUCCGCAGCCGAUACACCGGCUCUUCUUCGCUGGGGAGCACACAAUCAGGAACUACCCGGCCACGGUGCACGGAGCACUGCUCAGCGGCCUGCGGGAGGCCGGUCGCAUCGCCGACCAGUUCCUGGGCGCCCCUUACACCCCUCCGCGCACGCCAACCACGCAGUGACGCCCCCGCCAGCGCGCACCACCACGUACCACCCACGUGUUACUUGGCCCUUGCUUGCUCGGGAAAACCGGGUCCCUCUCGGCGCGACACCGCUGGCGGAUUGGAGAACAUGCUGGCACGUGCCACGGAUGGCAAGGGUUGAGACUCAGGGUUGAGGCUUAGGUUAGACGAGGAGGGCAACGGGGGGAGGGGGAAGAGCUGUGUUGCCUCGUGGCUUUCACUGUGCACGCUACGAAGGGAAAAUAGAUGAUGGAAUUGUUGCGUUUUUGCUGUUGGGAUGGUGUGGUGUUAAUGCUGCUUGUACUGCCUGCAUUGUGACCCCACUCGCCCCUGCCACUUAUGAGAACAUGUGCGAAUGUAAAUUGACCCCACCCCAAAUGCCCCCGAAAAAUAAUGUUCUUGCCAUUGCAUUGUAACGUGUGGAAUGCACAAUUAAAAUUAGAUGAAUAACAAAAGUGAAUUAUUAACGUAUAUACAGUAAACACCUUGGAUUGCGAGUAACUUGGUCUGCGAGUGUUUUGCAAGACGAGCAAAAUGUUUAAAUAAAUAUUAAUUUGAUAAACGAGCGAGGGUCUUGCAAUACGAGUAGUACGUAUACGC